AUGUAUAGUGGCCAUACUAUAGCCACUAUACAUUGCACGGAGAAAAUCACCCAUCUCAUCUACUGUAAUUCGUUCUUUUCAGGACCAAAAAAGGAAAAUCUACUCAUCAAAUUCCCAUCGUACAAGACCGCUGGUGUUGAAUUCCAUGAAGAAACCAAUGCACAGGGCCAUAAAUGUUUCCGAAUGAGCGGAGGCAAGGUGGAGGUAUUCCCACCUGGUCUGAAUGGUUCCAAGAAAUACUAUGUCCAUUUGGAAACACGUAUUGGAAUUCAUGGAAAACCGGAGAGAUGUGUGAAUGCCGAUAGUAAUGGAUGCGGUGGGAUCGGAUCCUGUGUUCAUUGCGAUAUCUGUCAUACAAUGGGCGGUUCGCUAAAGAAUUUCGUGCAAAUCUUCCAAGGGAACAAACCGGCUCAAUGUUCCAGCCAGGGUCUUCCUGCAGGCAGCUAUACUGACCUUUCAUUGAAAGUUUGCUUGCCCACUAAAAACGAACUUCUUCCUUUCUUGGAUCAGAACGCCAGCCGGGCCGAACAACUCUGGGACCUUUUCGUCAGCUCCCGCGCCAGAUCUGGGGAAAUCCCUCUGGUCAUAGCGGCACGGAUUUUCGAUCGUCCCAUCAACAAUCUGAGUGCAAAGGAGAUGAACGAUUUGCUACACGAUUCCAAAGAUGGAAUGAUCGGAUGCCACUGGAUUUAUGCCACCGUAUCACAACAGAAUUAA